GGAGGAGGAGAAAGUGACUUCCAAACAAAGCGCCUCGCUAUUGGUGCGCUUUCCCAGUGAACCCAAUGGCAAGGCUCCUUGUUUAAAUUCACCCCGCCUUAAUCCACCAUCUUGCUGCUUGUUUGGCAGACAGAUGAGCUGUACAUUUCUCGUCAGAGCGAAGCAGCCAUGCCGCAUUAUCAGACCUGGGAGGAGUUCACCCGCGCUGCCGAGAAGCUCUAUUUGUCCGAUCCUAUAAAGGUGCGUGUGGUACUCAAAUACCGACACUGUGAUGGAAGUCUGUGCAUCAAAGUAACAGAUGAUGUAGUUUGUCUACUUUAUAGGACAGACCAGGCUCAAGAUGUAAAGAAGAUUGAGAAAUUCCACAGUCAAUUAAUGCGACUCAUGGUAACCAAAGACUCCCGCAAUGUUGCCAUGGAAACAGACUGAAUAGCUGGAAAUAAAAUGAAUACUUCAGUCAUAUUUCACAGCAAGAGAAUAUCGGUUGCAUUUUGGCAAAUUUUGGACAGAAGAAGCAUGUGGCAUCAAGUAGAUUGUUAAAGUCUAAAGUGGGCUUUCUAAGGAUUUUCAGGAUCCACUCCAGAGUGGCUCAGAGACUAUAUGCUUUCAUUUGAAAGCCUGUUUUGUUUUGUUUUAAAUUUGAGCAAAAGAAUGUCCUCCACAGGAAAUACUGAAGGUUAAAGUACAUUAGGCCAGAUGUGUACACUUUAAAAAUAUAUAUUCUGUACUGUCUUUUUAAAAAAACCCAGUGAGGGAACAAGUGUGUUUCUUUGAGAGGAUGCUCUGCUAUGGAGGGAGUUCUGCUGAAUUUUAUGUCCCUGUAUUUGCUAAAGUGAGGAGAAUUAUUGGUUACUAAUAUAAAACGAUUAAUAAACCUUUAUUGAGUUAGCAAUAGCAUCUUCCACAAUGGAUUUAAAUGGCCAAAAUGUACAACUUGCAAUACAGCUAAGUCUGUGGAUGAUGGUUUCAUGCACCUGGACUGCUGGAUUCUAAACUAGUUUUGAUCACAGGGUCAUCAAUCAUCUCUUGGAUGUUCAGUUGACAUGUAAAAUAACAAAAGUUUACUCUUUAUCAGUGAUGGGCAAGUGUUUAUUGAAUCCUAUUUCCCUAGGGGAGCUUUACUGGCAGAGAGGUCCAUUAAUCAAGUUAGACUUUGAACCUUGGGGAGAGCGGAGGCAUAUAAAUAAGGCUGCAUGCAGAACUUUUUUUGUUUGUUCCUAAUGUUCUCAUGCAACAAAGAUUUCUGUGCAAGUUCUAAAAUAGUGGUCUCCUAAGUUGAUGUUGAACAAGUUUAUACCAUAGAUUAUAUUCUGCCCUCUAUUUUAAGCUUUACAUAUUUCUUAUGAAGGUAUAUUGCAUAACACUAAACCUGAUGCUAUACUGUGAGUGAUGUUCCAUAUUGUUAAAUACAGCAGUUCAAAUAUGGAGAGCUCCACAACUUAAUGGAUUCCCAUGUAUAAGGGAGGCGCAUAUUUGGUGUUGAAGAUAAUCCUCUCUUUUGAUUUGACUGUCUUCUGAACACCAGUUAGUCAUACUGUUCACCAAAGAACAGUUUUUGCACGUUAACUUCAUAAGGUAGAGAAAGCACAUCAGGAUACUGAUGCAUACUGUGAUACUUAUUUCAGCAUGGUGAACUGCCUCAUGACACUUUCAAUCCUGAUAUGAGAUGAACAAAAUAAAAUACUUGUCAGUA